AUGAAAUAUGAUAGCAGUAAUGUGCUCCAGCAGCUGCAUGCAUACUCCAUGUGCUGCCAACUUCAACAGAGAUUCUACGACACAGCAAAGGAAGCAAUGCUUGCACUGAAAGUUGGGGAUAUAUCAUCCAGAGGACCAGCUCUCAACCAGGAAGAUUUUGAUGAAGAACUGGAAGCAGCUUCACCAACAGUGCCAGAUGAUGUUAAGGAAGGAUAUUUUACAGUCUUUGCAGUGAAGGGGAAGGAAGCGCAGAGGUAUGUUAUUGAACUAGACAACUUAACAAACCCUGGAUUCCUGAGUCUACUGGAGCUGGCUCGGGAAGAAUACGGAUUCCAACAAAAGGGCGUUCUUUGUCUUCCUUGUAGACCUCAAGAAUUACAGGAUAUUCUACAACUCUGGAAACUAGCCUAG